AUGUUAAUAAAACCUUAUAUAAUUGAUAUGAAUUUGAAAGCAGAAGAAAAUGAAGUAGAGGAAAAAGAUAAAGAAGGAAAUACUAUAAAAAUAGCAGAACAAAAAGCAGUUUUAUAUGAAUAUACAAUACAUUGUUCAGAUGGAACAACGCAAAAACCAGUAAUUAAUCAUGAAUCAGAAAAUAUAAUAAAAGACUUAAUGGAAAAUCUUCAAGAAGAUCUAGAUGUUAUUAAAGAUAAACUCUGUAAUCCACUUUCAUGUGAAAAAAUGACACCUGAAUUAUGGCAAAAAUAUCAAAUGGCAAAUAAGUAUUGGAACUGUGAUGGAAAAUUACAUGAAGCUGGAUAUAAUAAAAUUCGUGUAUUUUAUUCUGAAACUAAAAAAUAUUUAGGUGCUUCACAUAGAAAAUGUCACAGAAAAAAACCAAUGAUUCAAGCAGAUGCAUUUGAGGCAUUUAGAAAAGCUUCAUAUUCAGCAUUCAAGAUCGAUCCAGCAAACUAUCUAAUAGUUCCAGAUUUAGCAUGGGAUGCAUGUAUAAAG